UUGCACCUUGCUUACCGAGAGCCGGGAAGGGUAAUACCGAUAGCUUCCAAGUGACGAACAAUCAUCAUGGGAGAGCAAUAUCUUCUACUCGACAUUCUGGAAGAGGAUGUCCUAGUUCAAGACGUCAAGAGUUGGUUGGACGACGCGUUCCAGGGCGCUCAUGAGGCUGCGAAUGAGGCGAAGUCGUCAAAAUUCAAACAGUACGAUGCGCUGACCUUCGUGGUGACUGUCCUUAAUUUCCUUCGUGAGGAUGCCGCUCCGCUGCUCGCGCCAAGCGUUGAGCGUUCUCAACAGGGGGCUGACCAUUCGUUACCAGCGUCUGCAGUGGAGGAAGGCGCAUCAGAUGUCCCCAAGAAUGAGAAGAAUGAGAGUCAGCAAGGCCUUCUCCCGACAACGGCGUUCGACAUCUCGUCGGCAGAUGACUUCCCUGCCCUUCCAAUGGGUGAAGUCCCUCGCGGUAUGCGUCCGGCAAACAAGCAAAAAAGGCGCAUUCGACCAACACCCUUGAGCAACGCCGACAAGCCCCUGGAGGGAGACAUCACCGCAUUGGGUGCUCUAAAUACUGCAGCGCCUUCAUUCGACAAGUCAGGCGAGGUUGCAAAUGCCCGCCUAACAUUUCGUGCGCAAGGCGUACGACCAUCGGUUGAAACGGCGGAGUUUCGACCGAGUACGAGCUGUAAGGAAGAGAAGGCGGAAGCAAAGGUCGUGCAUAAGCCAAGUGACUUUCUGCCGGGAGGUACAAAGCCGCGCGCUGAUCUGGCGAUCGAGCAACAUGAUGCUGAAGGUUUCGGUGAAAAUGAGCGAGGGAUCACAAAUCUUCGGGAGGCAACAUCUGGUUCUUUGCUGGAGCCGGCUCAUCCGGAACAACGAAGGUUUCUGGAGCAAGGUGGUGCGGUUGGAGUACCCUCCAGAAUUUCAAUCGAGCCGAUGACUGGUGAAACCGAAAGAGCGGGGAGACGUGCAGAUGGAGCCCGUACCGAGCAUAGCCUCUUCCCCGUAAGCACCGCCGCAUCGAACCCCAUGCUAUCGCCUUCAAACGGUGCGGCGAAAACCAAUUCUGUGUUGCAGACUCCGACAAGGUCAGCCAAGGCUGUUCCCAUAUCGCCAUCUGGUGGUGGAGGUGCUUCCCGGGGCGGUUGCGCUCCACCGAUGCCACCAGUCAAUACGUCAACACCAUUCGCAACUCCUGUUGAAAAGGGACGCCUGCGGGGAAGUGAGCAGCCCCUCGCCAUCUUGGCAUCGCUAUACGUGCACAUCAUGAUCCGAAGAUUUGUGCCAAGUCUGGCAACGGAGAUGCACCUUACAAUACGGCUAUUGCACGUGCACUCGGAGGUUACACGUAGCGGGGGCGAUAGAACCUUGAAGUUGGAGCAGGACCGUCGGGAGGAUCAUCCACCAAGCGGCAGCUCCGCAAUUAGCUCAAAGGAAAUCAGAGAUUACCAACAUGGAACGAGUCAGGCCAGGAUGAAGAUCAUCUUCAAGACCGGCCUGGACUGUCGGUUAUUCGCUGCUGGUGUCCUCCUUGGGCUCAAGUCUCUGCUUCCUCACAUUGGAACGGACACGAUCGACCUCUUGGCUGGAAGUUUGGCCCUUGCUUCUCAGUCGGAGGAGCUCAUCGAAGACUUGCGUCAUGUUCUCUGUGAAGCUAAAGGCGACGGUGUCAACUCUGACGGCAAUGGGUCACGAAAUGUUGGGCAGCAAAAUGCCGAUGAUACGGCCAUCGUGCAGAGUGUAGGGGCACCGUUUGCUGCUCUCCAAUGGCGGGAGGAAGACUCGAUAAAGAAUUGGAGGACAAUAUCUGACCGAAGCAUGUUCCAGAAUCGCCAGGAGAGUGUCGACCGGUUUGGAGCCUUGCUUCGCGACUACCAGGGUUCCAAGAAGGGGCUUCAGCAAUACCCGGAUCGCGCUCUGCAAGAUCUAAGAACAGCGGCAUCUGCUUUGAUAAGCGGUCUAGCCCCGGAAAAUUUGGGAUGGCUUGCUCAAUACUUUCUGGAUCAGCUGGUCGGGUGGGGUCUUGCUCCUCCAGAGGAAACUGACUCCGAAGUAAUGGCGCUGGUCGCUCCCGCUGGGGACAAGGGCCGUGAGACUCUGCAGAAGCUUCAUCGCCGCAUCAGCACACCUAGCUCCGGCGAGGAUGGCAACGCUUUGAAGAGUAGUCAGAAACUUCGGCAUCCUGGGACACAACCUCGGCAAACACACGCUAAACAAGAUCGAGGCUCUCACGUUGUCGGAGAAAUCCGUACAGCCAGGGGAGGAGUGCGACAACCACAGACCCGCAAAUCUAGCACGGGCCCACGGUAUGGCAAGGGUCAAGCACCAGCACAAAGCACACGGGUUCCUACGGCCCCAUUGCAGCUCCGCUGGUUCCCCGGCAACCAGGAAUUUUUCUACCACGUGCUGCUGGUGUUAGAUAGUUACACCUUUAAUAGCCACUUGAAGGCAGAACUUGUGGCAAGGAUUGCUGGACUUUAUCAGCAACUACACACCUUCAAGGGAAGGGGAAAGGGAGUCGGAAACGUCGACGAACGUGGCGCGGCGAGCGACACGAGCAACCCAGCAGUCAACAAGGGCGUCAGAGGGUUCACGGGGACCAUGGUAAAAUUGAAGGUGCUCGCGAAGUUUCUCGGCCUCUUGACCUUUAGUCCCAACUGGGGCAUUUCAGCCUUAGACUCGGCGUCAAGUAGGCACGAGCCUCCUUUGGCAUCCACGAAUGACCAGGCCCAAAUGACAGGCUGUCCGCUGCCCCUGGAAGCGUACCUUGACCACGCUUGGUCGACGGCUGGACUUAUGGGUGCUGUGCCAUGGAUGGCGGACUUUCUGCGGAUGAUGAAAUGGGAUGAAAUUUCUGCACAGGCCAACUCCUAUCGACGUAUCCUGGGCACUUUGGCGAAGCUCCACGCUCAGCCAUUCAUGCAGCCUGACCAUCCUGCUUUCACGGAGUCCCUACUUGCCGUGAGCUGCGAGGUCGAGAGUCUGUUCCAAGAUUUGGGUUCUGAUCUUGGUGUGCACGGGUAUCGCCUGUUUCCGCCAGAAACUACUACCGUCAUCGACUUUGAUGCCCCGAGAAAUUGCGGCAACCAAUACACGAAGCUUCGCGAUAAGCAAUACGCGAAACUGGGACUGAAGCCUGCACCUGGAUCGUUAGAUGGUGAAGUGGUGCUGAGCCGCCGCCUCAUACAGCACUGCUGCCCUUACCUGGAAGAUGUCCUGACCUUGACAAGAAACCUUGGUCGGGGGUGGAAGCAAGGUUUCGUUGUCGGAGGAAACACCACCCCGCUCCGGGCGGGUCAGUCUCCACGAACGUUUGGGGUGAGCGGCAUUAGUCCCCGCAGUAGACGGGUCAUCAAGCCGCAUUCGUUGAAACCGAUACGCGCGCUGUCGAGCCUCCCUGAGCAGAUACAUCGUGGACGCUCGGAUGAAAACGCUGGAACAGCCCGAGAAAACGCUCACACCGAGAGUGCCCGCCUUCGAUUGGUGGAGGCUUUUUUUCACUCUCUGCCGGGCGAGUUGCAGGCAUCCGCUGAUUUUGUCGUUAGUCGCUCUGUGCAAAAUGCGUGCGAGGAGGUCUUGGUGUCGGUCGUUAGGCCCGCGGUGGCUGGUGCAGUCAGGCGACUUCAAGUGGCCAUCAACCAGACCGAUAGGCUGGACUACGAACGGCCCGCAUCCAACGUAGCAGGCGAAGGACUUAUUAGGCAGCACCUUGACCUGCAAAUUGCUUGGACAACAGCUGUUCUUGGUGAGGGCCUCGCUUCCAACGCCAGGGCUCUUGCUGGAAAACGGGGCAACGCUAUCGCCAAAGCUACCACGUUAGCGCUUGUUCCGCGUUCGCUCUCACUCAGGGUUCGUCAGACGGCGGCGACGAUCGCUGGUAACCACGCACAGCAAGCAGCUGCCAGCAAAAUCGAGGAGCUGAUGACUGCUACGGUUGUGGAGGCGGUGGGUGCGUAUCACACGUAUCACAACGACCUUGAACGGGCUCAGAAGGAGCAAUCGACAGGUGGUGUGGAAUGCCGGAGCCCCAAAAGCCCGGAGGUACUCGCAAGCCUGCUUCCUAGAGGUCCAGCAUCUGAUCUAUGUGCUAUUGCAUCGAAGCUAUGUGCUACUGCAUCGAAGCAAUGUGCUCAUGUCGACAAGUGCUCAUGUCAAGGGUUUCUAGAAGCGGUGCACCGCGUGUCCAUCAGCAGCACCGACGACGAUAUCGAGUCAAACGACCCAAAAACCAUCAUCAGCGAGACGUGGCAUCUGGUGGACGCGGUUCGACGGUGUCAAGAUUUCAGUCGUAUCCCAGAAACCAUCCACGACACCCACGAUGUGUCUGAGGAACUCGAGAGGACGCCGGCGCAAAGGUUUCGUGAUCAUGUGACACAGGAUCCAAACGUCCUGGAAACCUUUCUGGCUUCGCUGGCACUCUUCUACCGGACAUUGCCUGACUGCAUUUGGCGAUCAAUUCCGAAGAGCUCCACGCUGGGCUCCAUGUCAAGCGACGUUGUUGGAAAUCUGGUUCACCUUGCUGCAAGGGCAUGGGAACAAAACGCGAGAUAUUGGCGGAAGGACAAGGAUCCCGGCCAAGAACGUUGCCUCCGUUUCCCCCCGUGCGAGCCUGUACUACAGCUCAUGUCGUGGGGCGCUAUUUCUGUUGUCACUGCGGAAAAUGUCCUUCUGUCGUGUGUACAAACCGCGACUAGGGGAUCGACUUCGCAAACAAGUGUGAUGUGUCCUGAAGCACGUUGGAAUGAGACGAGCCCGUCAUCUGUGAUAGCCGUGGCCACGGCUGUUGUGAAGGGCUACCAUAGCCUUGCUCUCGACAAGGAUUUGUGGACGGUAUUACUCGACGAUCUUUUGGACGUUACGGCAGGCUCGGUACCUGCCAUGGACCUUUCCAAGCCCUUCCGCUACCACCCGAUGGACCUUUGCCGGCUUAUUGCUCGUCUGUGCCGAACGUAGGAAGAACGAUAGCUGGUACAUUAUGUAGUUUAUAAGCUUUUCUCGUUGAAUUUUCAGUUCACACAUCGCUUGUUGGUUAACCACGGCGUUUAUGAUGCCUACGUUCAAUCAUAGGGAGGCUUUAACCCAUCGCCACACACGAUCUAGCCUGUCUUGCUCUCAACGGAGAUUCAUAGCCCCGUCGUACGCAAUAGCGGAGUUGAUUGGCUGCUGAGGCCAUCGGCACACCAGAGUCGCGUGCAGUGCAUUUGUCGAUAGUUGGGUUGGAUAGAAGAAGGAGCAGCGCCUAGACAACGAAGAUGUAGACGACGAGUAACGCACUUUUCCCGCACCAGCUUCUUCAAUAAUUUCUCUACGAGACCGUUCUGUCUCUAGAG